ACAAAAUUGUUAUCUAAUGUUUAUCAGGUGCGCAUUAAACAAAUGAUAAGAUAUAUAUCCUUUCCUAUUUUUAUCCGGUCCUCAUAUUAUAUUUGUCCAUAUCUUAUCAUGUCCACCAGACGGGCCUUAAUACAAAUCAAAUUCCAAGGUAAAACCAAGCACCGACCCCUCACAUUACUACCACCGUAAGGGCAUUUCCGUCAUUCCAAGUGCAAUAGUACGGUGCCAAGCCCUAUAUUACUCACCACCGCAAUCAUCUCCCCGGCAAACGAAAAUUAAUUAAUUAAUUAAUUAAUUUUUUUAAAAAAAAGGCAAGCGAAAGAGAGAAGAGCAACGAGACGUACCGAGUUGAAGCAAAGAAUCCCGGAAUCCAUCGCCGGCGAUGGUGAUGAUGAGGUCGUUCCCGGAACGGCCAUGGUUCAUCCUCCUCACGGCGGCGUUCCUCAUCUGCGGCGCCAUGAUGAUCUCCACCGUCCUCCGCCCUUCAAUCCCAUCACUCUGCCCCAUCCCUCCCGCUAGCUCCGAUCUCCGUCCAGCCAUCCUCCACUACGCCACAUCCUCAAUCGUUCCCCAACAAUCACUCUCCGAGAUCCGUCUCUCCUUCGACGUCCUUCGAUCCAUCUCUCCCUGCAACUUCCUCGUCUUCGGCCUCGGCCAUGACUCCAUCAUGUGGACCUCCUUCAACCCCUCCGGCACCACUGUCUUUCUCGAAGAAGACCCCAAAUGGACCCAAUCCGUCCUCCAAUCCGCCCCCGAUCUCACCGCCCACACCGUCCGUUACCCCACCCAUCUCUCCGACGCCGAUCAUCUCCUCCAGAGCUACAAAUCCGAGCCCUCAUGCCUCCCUCCGCACGCUUAUCUCAAGGACAAUCAUCGCUGCCCGUUGGCCCUCGCCGACCUCCCAAGCUCGAUCUACGAUCGCGAAUGGGAUUUGAUCAUGAUUGACGCUCCACGAGGCUACUUCAACGAGGCACCCGGCCGGAUGGGAGCGAUCUGGUCCGCCGCCGUGAUGGCCCGCUCCAGGACUCGUCCCGGUGACACCCAUGUCUUCCUUCACGACGUCGAUCGCAAGGUCGAGAAGACGUUCGCCAUGGAAUUCCUUUGCAAGAAGUACUUGGUCGGCGGCACCGGAAGAAUCUGGCAUUUCAAAAUCCCUCCGGCUAAGAACCAUACCUCUGCCACCCAGUUUUGUUGAGAUUCUCCAAAACUUAAGGGUCUUCUUCGCAAGUUUCCCUUUUUUUAUUUAUAUAAAAAUUUAGAGCAA